GGACGUCAAGUUCUAGCCCUCGGGAUUUUCAACCCCGAGAGAUGGAGCUCUCCCUGAAGUUCGGUGGUCAACUCCCAAAAGUAAAAUUGGAGCCUCUUGACGCUAGCCUACCAGAACAGGGCCAGCAACAGGAAUGCAACGACUCUUCAUCGGGAGACAACAACUAUGGGGCAACUCGAGGGAUGAUCCAAAUUAAAGAAGAACCUCGAGAGGAAUCUUCGGACGAACAUCCGAUCAUUGAAGUGAAGACAGAGCCUUACAACACUGCAAUUUUGGACCAGGUGGGACACAGCCAUGACUCAACGUCAGAAGGAGCAAAAGAAAGCAGCGGUUGGCUUCACGUCAAGGACGAGCUCAGAGGCACCUGCGAUCACGCAUCUUCAGGUCUCUCCUCUUCAAGUGCACAGUUCGAGAUCGGCACAACAACAGUUGAACCACAGUGCACAAACGAUGCACUAGUCAUCACUGACGGUCGACCCACAGAGCAAUCUUCAGACCAGAGCGAGACUCAAGUGGCAAGCAAGUCAUCGACGUUCGGACACGAGAAAGACAGGCUUUAUAAGUCCAACAUUUGUUUAGCCGCAUGCAUCGACACUGGCCACUUGGAGGUUCAUGUCAAAACUCACAAAACAAAGACACUUACCUGCGACAAGUGUUCAGUGACAUUCCGUCAUGCAUCAACUCUGCGAGUGCACGCAAGACAUUGCACGGGACCAGGCUCGCAGAAGUCGAACGUAAGUGCACCUGCAUGUGCAUUGAGCGCACACGAGUGCAAUCUCAGCCCUGCAGAGUCCAGCCACAGUAUGUGCCUGCAGCGUCGCAAGCGCACGCUCGUGGGCAAGAAGAGCUUCAGGUGUGAUCUCUGUGGUUUUGAGUUCAACAAGAGGUACAAGCUGCGCAAUCACAAGAAAGCACACAUGAGUGAGGGGCUAUACCAGUGCACCUUCUGUCCUGCACAGUUCAGGCAAAGCGCGAUGCUGAAGUAUCACAAGCAAAAACAUACAGGCGAGAAGGCCUAUAAGUGUGACCUCUGUCCUGCAGGGUUCAGUCAUAGCUCUAGCCUGUAUGUCCACAAGCGGACACACACGGGCGAGAAGCCCCAUAAGUGCGAUAUCUGUCCUGCAGAGUUCAACAGGAGGCACGACUUGCAGCGUCACAGGAGAACACACAUGGGAGAGAAGCCAUACAAGUGUGACGUCUGCCCUGCGGAGUUCAGCCGCAGCGCGAUGCUGUUGCGCCACAAGUGGACUCACACGGGCGAGAAGCCCCAUAAAUGUGAUCUCUGUCCUGCAGAGUUCAGUCAUAGCUCUAGCCUGUAUGUCCACAAGCGGACACACACGGGCGAGAAGCCCCAUAAGUGCGAUCUCUGUCCUGCAGAGUUCAACAAGAGGUACGACUUACAGCGUCACAGGAGAACACACACGGGAGAGAAGCCAUACAAGUGUGACGUCUGCCCUGCGGAGUUCAGCCGCAGCUCGAUGCUGUUGCGCCACAAGGGGACGCACAUGGGGGACAAGCCCCAUAAGUGUGAUCUCUGUCCUGCAGAGUUCAGACAUAGCUCUAGCCUGUAUGUCCACAAGCGGACACACACGGGCGAGAAGCCCCAUAAGUGCGAUCUCUGUCCUGCAGAGUUCAACAAGAGGUAUGACUUACAGCGUCACAGGAGAACACACACGGGAGAGAAGCCAUACAAGUGCAAUGUCUGCCCUGCGGAGUUCAGCCGCAGCUCGAUGCUGUUGCGCCACAAGGGGACGCACAUGGGGGACAAGCCCCAUAAGUGUGAUCUCUGUCCUGCAGAGUUCAGACAUAGCUCUAGCCUGUAUGUCCACAAGCGGACACACACGGGCGAGAAGCCCCAUAAGUGCGAUCUCUGUCCUGCAGAGUUCAACAAGAGGUACGACUUACAGCGUCACAGGAGAACACACACGGGAGAGAAGCCAUACAAGUGUGAUGUCUGCCCUGCGGAGUUCAGCCGCAGCUCGAUGCUGUGCGCCACAAGGGGACGCACAUGGGGGACAAGCCCCAUAAGUGUGAUCUCUGUCCUGCAGAGUUCAGCGAGAGGGCGGACCUGCGGUCUCACAGAGUUCAGCCGUAGCUCGUACCUGUUGAGCCACAAGCGGACACACACAGGCGAGAGACCCCAUAAGUGCGAUCUCUGUGCUGCAGAGUUCAGCUGUAGGGUACUCCUCACACACCACAGGUGGACGCACACGGGCGAAAAGCCCUACAAGUGUAAUCUCUGUCCUGCAGAGUUCAGCCAGGGCACGAGACUAUUGUAUCACAAGCGAAAACACACAGGUGAGAAGCUCUAUAAGUGUGAUCUCUGUACUGCAGAGUUCACCCAGAGGUCUGACCUGUCACUCCACAAGCGAAGACACACAGGUGAGAAGCCCUAUAAGUGCGAUCUCUGUACCGGAGAAUUCAGCAGUAGCAAGAGCCUGUCAUGCCACAAGUGGGCACACUUGGGUAAGAAGCCCUAUAAGUGCAAGCUCUGUCCUGCAGAGCGCGGAAACAACUGCAGAGCGGAAACACAUGAGCGAUGGGCCCUAGUAGUGCUAUCCCUGUUCGACAGAAUUCAGCCACUGCGCAGACCUGGUGCAAUACAAGCGGACACACAUGGACGGGUGUCUCUGUGCUAUAAACUUGAGGCAGAGCACAAACCUCCAGGGUUGCUAGUUCAGCCACAGCACACACACACACACCAGCCGGAGGACCAGCAGAUCACGGACCUGUGGCCUAGUGAGUGA